AGCAUUAUGUCUCUAAUUCCUGCAGCCGUUGAAUCUGCCGAGUUCUCCUCUGACGUGGCCGAGAUCAAGCAAUGGUGGAAGUCUGAUCGUUGGAUUGGGAAGCGUCGCUUGUACUCGGCAGAGGAUGUCGCCCGUCUUCGUGGCCAGAAAGCUGGUCGUACCAAGUACCCUGCUGAUGCUAUGAGCAAGAAGUUAUGGAAGGCCUUCAAGGAAGCUCAGCGGACUGGUGGUUUCCUGCCUACGUUCGGUGCCUUGGAUCCAGUCCAAGUGACACAGAUGGCGAAGUACCUCAAGACCAUCUACGUCUCGGGUUGGCAGAGUUCUUCGACGGCCUCUACUUCUAACGAACCCGGCCCGGAUUUCGCUGACUAUCCCUACAAUACGGUUCCGAACAAGGUGGAUCAGCUCUUCCGUGCGCAAGUGUUCCAUGACCAGAAGCAGCACCAAGAGAGAUUUGGUAUGACCGAGACUGAACGUCAGGCUAAUCCAGCCGUCGACCAUUUCGCUCCGAUCAUUGCCGAUGGUGAUACCGGUCAUGGUGGCUUGACUGCUGUCAUGAAGCUUAUGAAGAUGAUGGUAGAGCGCGGUGCAGCUGGUGUCCAUCUCGAGGACCAGAAGCCUGGCACCAAGAAAUGUGGCCACAUGGGUGGCAAAGUGCUCGUCUCUACGCGAGAGCACAUUGACCGUCUCGUGGCUGCUCGGUUGAUGACCGACGUGCUUGGCGUUGAGACAAUUAUUGUGGCUCGUACUGAUGCUGAGGCCGCCACGUUGUUGGACACUAACAUCGAUCCUAGAGAUCAUAGCUUCAUUGUUGGUGCUUCAAAUCCUAACGUGAAGGAAUCUCUACAGGGUAAGGUUGACGCUGCUGUCCACCGUGGAGCCUCUCCUGAGGAGAUAUCUAAGCUUGAGACUGAUUGGGUCAUGAAUGCUCAGCUGACCACCUUCCCUGACCUCGUUUCGAGCAAACUGAAGACCAUGGGCAAGUCUGUGACCGAAUGGGAGGAGAAGAGUAUGUUCAUGAGUAUCGACGAGAUGCGUGCUGAGGCUAAGAGGUUGCUUGGCACUGUUCCCUUCUGGUGCUGGGAUCUCCCUCGUACCAGGGAAGGCUAUUAUCGCAUCAAGUGCGGCACUAGGAUGUGCAUUAGCCGCGGUAUUGCAUUCGCGCCUUACUGCGACAUUCUCUGGAUGGAGUCGAAGAAACCCGUCUACUCUCAGUGUUUCGAUUUUGCCAGUGCUAUUAAGAAGGUUCAUGGUGACAAGAUUCUUCUCGGCUACAACCUGUCUCCCAGCUUCAACUGGGAUGCUGCUGGCAUGACUGAUUCGCAGAUCGCCUCCUUCCAGAAGGACAUCGGCAAGCUGGGUUAUGUGUGGCAGUUCAUCACUCUGGCUGGCUUCCAUCUGUCAGGCUUACACAGUGAUGUCUUCGCCAAGAACUAUGCCAAGGAGAAUAUGCUUGCCUACGUUAGAGAUGUGCAGAGGGCCGAGCGUGCCAAUAAGGUGGAGCUGUUGACGCACCAGAGGUGGAGUGGCGCGGAUUUCAUGGACUCUAUGGUUGGUCUGGCUACUGGUGGCUCAACCUCCACUGCCAGCCAGGGGUCGGAGUCAACUGAGAGGCAGUUCGGUAAGUCGAAGAUGUAACGUACAGUUACACAUUAUGAUUUGUGGAGGUGUAUGUCAUUGAUCACCUAUCGUUAUUAGUAUUA